AUGUUUCCCACCAUCGAUCAUGCUCUAAACCUUACGGUUAGGGCAGGCACUUGGGCCUUUAAGAACCCUACUUUAGCUGCCUGUGCCGUAGGUGGGGCUGGAGGGGUUGUCGUUGUCGCUGCCCCAGUGCUGGUGACAGGCCCCAUUCUGUGGGGUCUAGGAUUCAAAUCGGCUGGUGUUGCUGGAGGGUCAUACGCUGCUGUGGUUCAAAGUUCCAUAGGGAACGUUUCAACCGCUAGCUUGUUUGCAACAGGACAGAGUGCAGGGGCAGGUGGUCUGGGGUUAGUGGCUGUAAACACCAUUGCACAGGCAUGUGGUGUGCUCACUGGUAUGUUAAGUGCUGGGUUCGCCUGGUUUAAAGGCAACAGGAGUGGUUGA